AUGAGCUCGACGUUUUCUGCAAGUGCGCGACUGCUGCAUCCGCCAACGGUGAUGGUUUUCCGGGCUUUCAACCAGCUGAGCGGCUCGAUUCGUUCGCAGUACACGCGAAACCCGAACCUGGCGCCGCUCGGAGCGUCCUUUUGUUUGUUCGGAUUGUCCGACGUGCUCGCGCAGACAGCCGAACGCCGGCACAACUCGGAGGGCCAUGAGAACGGGCCGAGCGAAAACUUUGAAACCGAAAGUGAAUCACGGGCCGCGCCCUCCCAUGGGACACCCGAUGCAGGGCCGACGAGAAUUGCUGCGGGGCCGCAAGAAGGGUUACUGACAACCCGCUCCGACGACCCGUUUUAUUCCUGUCGUAGACUGGACGAAGCGGCUUUAUGGGAUUUUCGGCGCACGCUCGGGGUAGCGCUUUGCGCUCCUUUUUUUAAUGGGGGGCCUCUGUUGUGGUUCCACCGCGCCCUGGACCGCUACAUCGGUCCGGAAGCCAGUCUGCGCCGGGCGGUGCCGAAGAUGCUCGCGGUGCAGUUUUUGUACAUGCCAAUUUCUACGCCAGCUUUCUUAUUUCUCUCCAAGUUCUUCGUCCUGGUGCUCGGCGGCGGGGGUGGUGGCAUCGGCAUCGGCCAUGAUGACAGUAGAAGAACUGCCUCGUGUAGUUCACCACGACCGUCGACUGCGGAAGUUACAAUGGUUAUUUCCGCAGAGAGCAAAGUCGACGACACCGACGCUGGCGCCGCUUCGUUUUCGUCCAGCACGCCCAUACAAAGCGCAUUCGACACUGCGUACUCAGGAAUGAGGGCGACCUUUUGGGAAAGCUACGUCGCGUCGUUUUUUUUCUGGCCUCUGAGCGAUUUGCUAAAUUUCACGGUAAUUCAGAGACGAUUCGGACCCCAUUUUCGCACAACGUGGGAUUCGGUGGUGGAUCUCGGCUGGAACUUUUACCUGUCUUCUGUCACUUUUCGCCGGGACCCCGAGUUUCUCAAGUGGUCCUCGUAUUUCAAAGAAAAAGCACCGUCGAAAACAGAAUUUUCCAUCCUGCAACGUUUUGCUUUCGAGCUGAAAGAGCAACCUUCUGUUCAGGCCGAGCAUCCGAGCUGGGAAAGCGACUUUCUACUUUCAGAAGGAGCCGAGAUCUCAACAACACUCCAACAUAACGAAGUAUCGUUUUAUUUUCUGUGAGAGGUUUUUUUUUCCUUCCGUUUCACGUUG